GUGCCCUUGUUAUAUAGACAUUUAAGCAUGUAUGGAUUUACGUUCAUGUAUUGCGAAUAUUUUUAUACCUGUAUUCCUCCCGCUUAUUCUUCGUCGCGGUUGAGCAGCUGUAGAUGAGCACUAGCACUACGCACUACUUCAGUACAGUUUAAAACGUCGACGGUGACGCACGAUCGUCGUUUGGCACGCAAUUGGUUUAAUAAAGAAUCUCCAACCUUUCAUACGUAUUUUAUAAAUCGAUCAUAUCAAGAUUUGAAGAUUUUUUUAGCUGCUUAACGUAAGAAAUGGAAAGCGUUUCCGUAUCGAAGGGAGUUUUCGCUCACAAAGGAAAUUACAAGAUAGGCCAAAAGAAGAAGAAGAUAGAAAAUAAUGCUUACUUCCAAGAGCCGUGGUACAAAGCUUAUAAAGAAGCUUGGUCUGCUGUACAAAAAGCUGCUAAGAAAAUUGAUAUCAGUAUGUUUGAACAAAUCGUUUGUGAUUUGAAGAAUUAUGUGACAACAAUAAAGGAGAGUUCAUUAGAAAGUUAUUCCAACGAAAUAUCUACAGCUAUACUAUUGACUGGGGUCAAUUUACCAGAUCAUGCAGUUUUAUUUGAGAAGUUGGCAAGUGAAUUUUCCAAAGUUACCCAAUGUAUAGCCAUAAUACACUCCAGAGAUUCCGGAAAUAUGAAAAAUCUUAUUGAAGAAACAGUGUUUCAAUUGAUCAACAGUCAGAAUAACGACGAGAAAUCAGACAUUCGUAAAAAUCAAUGCACUCUGAGACUUCUGGAAGCCUGGCACAGUGAAAAUUGUCAAUAUCACGAUCCGCUUGUUAUUAUUGUACCGGAUUUCGAGAGUUUUUCACCAAGCGUAUUACGUGAUUUUAUUCUCGUCUUGAGUAUUUAUACAAAGUCAAUGAAGUUCGUUCUCGUGUUUGGAGUAGCAACGACACUCCACGCUGUUCACAGAUGCCUCUCUUACGACGUUACGUCGAAGCUGCGAGUGCAGGUAUUCCAUACGCAAACUCAGGUUAAAAGUUUGUCAGAUGUGCUCGAGGGUACGGUACUUUCUGGAAAAACUCCAUUUAAGUUGACCGGAAGGGCGUUUCAACUGCUCACCGAUAUCUUUCUCAUUUACGACUUUUCCGUACAUGGGUUUCUUCAGGGAUACAAGCUCUGCAUGCUACAACACUUUUACGACAAUAAUUACGCGUCAUUAUGCUGCGAGCCUAAAAAGACGAGAGAACGAAUAGGAUUGUUAGGCGAUGAUGAUUUUGAAGACAUUAAAAAAUUGCCUUCCAUCGCGCGUUAUCUUGAGACUCUAAACAAGGGAAAAAAGAACCAGUCGGAAGGAAAUAACCAAGAAAAUUUCAAGAAAACUCUUGUUAAGGUCCUCGAGAAUUUUCACCUUUCGAUUAACAAUUUCUUCACAAUACUAAAGUGCUUACACAGCCUCACAUCGGGGCUACCAGGUGCGCCUUUAGGAAAACAGUUGCGGGAAGUAUAUUGCAAAGCAGUGACUUCAGAUAUCGUUGAAUCCCAAGAAUACAAAGAGUCGAUUCAACUCUUAGGAUUUUUAUCCAAAGAUGAAUUUGUCGCUAAGCUCGAGAUCGUAUUGAAUAUGAUAAAAGAAUCGUCAAGUUCGAAUUUGAAAGAUGUGGAAGAAAAUUUGAAAAAAGAUUUAAUCACGUUGAGAAACGCGAGUCUCGAGAUCGUUGCCACGUCGAAAGAGAUUAUGAGUACCAAUGAAAAAUUAAGCCGCACACAACUCAAAGAAAAACUAUACAAAAUGUCACAACAACAAUCGAGGUCGCCUUACAAACAAGCACAGAUCAAUUUCCUUGAGUAUCUCGAUCGCGAUGUUUUUGGUGUACACUUGAAGAAUCCGAGCCGGAUAGUAGGACAUGAGAUCUUUUGUUUCAGUGAUGCGAAUUCAGCAAAACAUCCGAUAAGGGGUUCGCACAGGGCAGCCGUUCAUACUGCGCUUACGAAUCCUCAAGCUUAUCUCGAGUGUGGCUGCUGUGAAUUGGAAAAUGAUCAAACAAUACAGGCAACGUUGCCCGAUCUCAGUAUUAUAUAUAAGCUACAUUUGGAGUCGAGGAAAUUAAUCAAUAUGUACGACUGGCUGCAGGCUUUUCUGACGAUCGUUAAUCCAAGUUCGGAAGGCGACGAGCAAAGAGACAUUGAUCCGAAGCUUCAAGGUCGUUUCACACGCUCCAUAGCCGAACUGCAAUUCCUCGGUUUUAUCAAAACAUCGAGGAGAAAAACCGACCACGUUAAACGCCUGACAUAGCGACACCGAUCAAGUUAUUUUAUUCGUACUCAAAUCCCAGUUAUUUUUUAAUUUUGUACUUUUUAUUGUAAUACUUUCAUUGUUGAUAGUUACGAACUGCCAAGCUAGAAAAAGGCCCAUGUCGUUCAUUGGGAGGAAUAUCGACGAGUGUAAGAAUUUUUUAAUAAACAUUAGCGGCUGAA